AUGGCCAACAACAUCAAUGACAGCCAAGAUGACAAUUCUGAUGGAAGCAACCUCAUCAACUUUUAUGUGACUAAAAAUGCUACCAAUAAAAGAACUUUUAUUAAGAUAACGUCUCUUAAAGAUAAUACUAACACAUAUACAAAGUUAAUGGCACACUUUUUCCAAUUUUCCAGAUUUAGGACAAUAUUUUUGAAUGAGCUAUACCAAAACCAAACCCCGCCGUGCCAUAGUGAACUAAAUGAACCACUUGACAAAUCCCGAGAGCAGAAAUUUGGGACAAAGUGUGAAUUUGCCCAUCAAAUUAAGUGUACACUUUUGACCAAUUUACUGUUAUCGGGCUAUCGGGCUAUCGGGCUAUCGGGCUAUCGUGAUUCAGGAUUAUAUUUUUGA